UCGACUUUUUGACAUUUGACAUUGACAAUUGACAGUGGCGUUUCAAUGUAUAUAUAAAAUAAUUACAUGCCGUAAAAUCUCAUUAUUAUAAAAUACUAACAACAGAAAAUGCCUAAACCAACAUGUGUCCAGUGUAAUACGAAUGACUCGUUACUGUGGCGUAGCGGUGAAAACGGACAAAUAUGUAAUGACUGUCACCUCGCUAACACAGCCAAAGAUUCAAAACCAGAAGCCACAGUAAAAGCUGAGAACGACGAAAUUAAAGAGGAGAAGGAAGAUAAAAAUGGCAAAACUGACGCUGAGUCGACGCCUGCGAAGGCGACCGGUAAAGGGACAAGAAAAAGUACGAGAUCAACGAGGUAUAAAGCAAAAACACCGGCGCCCGCACCGUCUAAGCCGACGGCGCCGCGGGGCCGCGGUCGCAGAAGUAUAUUUAAGAGACAGCCACUCAAAGCGCCUACAGCCACCGCCACUGUGGUCACUAGUGACUCUGUAUUCUAUAAGGGCACAUACAUGCAGGUGGGUGAUAUAGUAUCAAUGACAGAUGUUGAAGGAGGCAUCUACUACGCACAGAUCCGGGGCUUCCUCACAGACCAGUACUGCGAGAAGAGUGCAGUGGUCACAUGGCUACUGCCCACAAAGGCCAGUCCACCUCCCGAGAAGUGUUUUGAUCCUGCCACAUAUAUUAUUGGUCCUGAAGAAGAGCUGCCCCGCAAGCUUGAUGUCAUGGAGUUUGUGAUGCAUGCUCCAUCUGACUACUACAAAACUGGUAGCAACCCCUACCCGCUCACAGAGAACGAUGUCAACAACUACACUGGUUACAUAUGGACGUCUCUUGAACCCAAGGAGCGAACAUAGAAUUAUAUUAGUUUGUUUAUUAAA